GACUGAGGGCUUUUAUUUUGACGGCGAGCUGGUGUGAGAACCGGAAGUCAUUGAUUUGGUUGUUUUCAUGCUCCAGAGCCGAAUUUAAUUCCGUUCGGUGCCAUAAAACCCAGAAGAACAGGAUGAUCAAAGCCAUUCUGAUCUUUAACAAUCAUGGCAAACCCAGACUCAGCAGAUUCUACCAGUAUUUUGCAGAAGACAUGCAGCAGCAGAUCAUCAGAGAGACGUUUCACUUGGUGUCAAAGAGAGAUGAUAACGUCUGCAAUUUCCUGGAAGGCGGCAGUCUGAUCGGUGGCUCAGACUACAAGCUGAUCUACAGACAUUACGCCACACUUUACUUUGUGUUUUGCGUCGAUUCGUCUGAGAGUGAGCUCGGCAUUCUGGACCUGAUUCAGGUGUUUGUGGAGACUCUGGAUAAAUGCUUUGAGAACGUGUGUGAGCUCGACCUGAUCUUCCACAUGGACAAAGUGCAUUAUAUCCUGCAGGAGGUGGUGAUGGGAGGGAUGGUGCUCGAGACCAACAUGAAUGAAAUCGUCGCUCAGGUUGAGCUUCAGAACCGAAUGGAGAAAUCUGAAGGAGGACUUUCCGCCGCUCCGGCUCGAGCCGUCUCAGCCGUGAAAAACAUGAACCUUCCGGAAAUUCCUCGUAACAUCAACAUCGGAGACAUCAACAUCAAAGUGCCGAGUCUGUCUCCGUUCUGAGACGAUCGGAAUUCUCUUCAUCCUCCACACUGGAAUAACGUUUUCCAUAAAUACUGUUUUCUUGUUUUCUGAGACUGAAUUUCAUUUACAUUUAGGGGCCAAAACAUUCCGAAUCCACGAGCAGUUUUAUUUCCUCACUUAUUAAACACUAACGAAGCAAAUAAAGCGCGAGAUUCAGGAUUUCAUGAUGAUAAAAAAACAUUGUCAGUAACGUUAGGAUCGUUUUGUUACGAAUUUUAGUAGAAGUUUAUUUUGUGAUUAUUUGUGUAGCAA